UGACUUCCACCUCUCCUAGGUGAAGCCCACCUGACUCCUAUCUGCCGGGGUGAAGCCCACCUGACUCCUAUCUGCCGGGGUGAAGCCCACCUGACUCCUAUCUGCCGGGGUGGAGCCCAGAACCCUGGUCCUGAAUCUAUGAAAAGGCCCAUACACACCUGUGCAAUCAGUCUCCUGGCCAUUCCCAAAACCUGGUCCCAGGAUUGGAGAUUUCAUCCCUCCCAGAUCUCUUUGAAAUCUCCAGGCUCCAGAUCCCAAAACAGACCUUACAAACAAAGGAGGAAAGUGAAAAGCCACUUUCCUCCGUAUCAAACACUUACCCUGGAGCCCCUCAACCUGCCUUGUUGAGAAUCCAGGGUGACAGAUUGCCACACUGCCACAAUAGGCAUACGUUAUCUUG